AAAUGCAACAAGCUCUGAGAGGCUUUGGAGAAGGUAAGAGAGGAGGAAAUACAAUCCCAGUGGAGAGAGAAACAGGCUCAGAAGGAAAAGAGAGAGGCUGAAAGAACAGGGCGAGAGACAGGGCCUGCCACUCUGACACAGGUGGAUCCUGAGGCAAGGCUUGCAUGGCUUCGCAAGGUGCCCGAGGGGAGCAGAAGCCCCUCUUAGGGCAUGGGGAGUCCCCAGACAGGCCUGCUACAUCCCCUUUUGAGGGCAGAAAGGCUGCCUGCGCAGCUGUGCUGCUGGUGGAGAUUCUGGAGCGAGCAGCUUUCUUUGGCAUUGUCUCGAACCUCGUCCUAUUCCUCAAUAGCAGCAAUUUCAACUGGGGCGGCUCUCAGGCAUCACGGGCAGCACUGCUCUUCAUCGGUGCCUCCUACUUGCUUUCGCCCGUUGGAGGCUGGCUUGCUGAUGCUUAUCUGGGCCGCUACUGGACCAUCACAUUCAGUUUCCUGCUCUACUUGCUAUCGGCCUGCCUCUUGCCAGUCGUGGCCUCGCAGUAUAAUCGGCUCUGGCUGUGUGGUGAGAUGCCAGCUUACAUAAUAGAACCCUCAUGCCAAAAUGGCAGUAUGGAAUGCGAGAAACAAUUGCCAAGUCAGUACUGUGCCCCCAUCAUGUACACUGGUCUCAUGUUCCUGGCCCUGGGCAUCAGCUCUGUCAAAGCCAACCUCACACCAUUUGGUGCUGACCAGGUGACGGACCGUGGUCGGGAAGCCACCCGGCGUUUCUUCAACUGGUUCUACUGGAGUAUUAACAUCGGGGCUGUGAUCUCACUGCUGGUGAUUGCCUUCAUCCAACAGAAUGUGGGCUUCCUUACUGGCUAUGCCAUCCCUGCUGUCUGCCUGGCCCUUGCUCUCGUCAUCUUCCUCCUGGCCGCCCCCAUCUUUGUCACAAAGCCUGCUGCUGGCAGCCAAGUCUCCACCAUGUUCCAGCUGGCCCUCCAGAAAAGCUGCUGUGGCCAAGCAGUACAGAAGAUGACCACCAAAACCAGAGCAGGCAGUUCCCAGUCAGAAGCUGAAGUUGCUGGCUCACUUUCAGAUCCAAGGUACCAGCCUGUGGGGAUGUCACAUGAGGAUAUCACCAACUUCCAAGUGAUAAUGAAGAUCCUGCCUGUGAUGCUCACUCUCAUCCCAUACUGGAUGGUCUAUUUCCAGAUGCAGUCAACCUACUACCUGCAGGGUCUGCACCUCUUCAUCCCCAACAUCUUUCAGAACAGUCAUCUGAACAACAGUGCUUUCUCAGAGGCUACAGAUAGUAGCUACACGUUCCCUGAUGCCUGGCUCCUUCUAGCUAAUGUAGUGGUUCUACUGGUGCUGGUCCCACUGAAGGACCGGGUCAUAGACCCAUUCCUGGCAAAGAGGAAGCUGUUGCCUUCAGCAUUGAAGAGGAUGGCUCUGGGCAUGUUCUUUGGCCUUGGCUCAGUUGUUGUUGCAGGUGUUCUGGAGUCUGAGCGUCUGAAAUAUGUGAACAACAAUCAGACCGUUUUACAGCGAAUUGGGAAGGACGAUUACUUUGCUGCCCCGCUCAAAAUCUGGUGGCAAAUCCCUCAAUACCUGCUUAUUGGAAUCAGUGAAAUCUUUGCCAGCAUUCCAGGGCUGGAGUUUGCCUACUCUGAAUCUCCCAAAUCUAUGCAAGGAGCCAUCAUGGGUCUCUUUUUCUUCAUUUCUGGAGUGGGAUCACUUUUAGGAUCUGGCCUUUUGACAGUUCUGUCUGUGCCAGCCAACGGUUGGAUGCACUGCCCAGAGGAUCAUGGGAACAUUAACAAAUGUCGGAUGGAUUAUUAUUUCUUCCUGCUGGCUGGGAUUCAGACAGUAACCUGUAUCCUCUUUGUCUGGAUCGUUAUCCGCUACGAGCGUCAGCAGAAGUCCUCUUGCCUCCUCUGUGCUGGCCGCGAAGGCAACUGACAUCCUCAGCAUUUUUCAGGACUGCAAGGAGAUUCCUGCAUUCACCUGUGGAAUCCCACCGCCAUAGCAUAUAUAAUCAACUCCUGGGUGGCCAAUGGUGUAUCAAAGGAUUACAGAAAUUAAUUGGGAAUGGAACCAUCAGUGGCAGCCAGACGAAGACAGCAACCACACAUUCAAAGUGUCAUUAACGUCUUAGUUCUCGAAGCGGAGCACAGUGAGGCAGGGAGCUCAAAUUAUCCUGGGGUAUAAGAUACUGUGACUAAAUUAGAUGGACCAUACUCGGAUCCAGCAAAGCUGCUGUUGCCCCUGUUAGUACUUAAAAGUUCCUUCUGCAGCUAAACUAUCCUUUGUGGAAGUGGGAUUCAAUCCAAAAUGAAGAGGGGAGUCACGGGAGUUCUUCCUAUUCACCCCCCCAAGCCAAUCUUAUCUUUAAGUCACUGCACAAACUUCUUGAAAAUCACCUCCUAAAGCAGAUGAGUUAAAAGAGGAAGGUGUGUGUGUGUGUGUGUGUGUGUGACGAUUAUGAUGAUGGGGGUAAAACAUCUAUAGCAAAUAUUUUCAUACAGAGAGAUAGGGUGUGGAGGGAUCCAUGCUCUUCUCUUCUAUUAACUGACAUAGCCUUAAAGAUACACAUUAUCAGGUUCUGAGAGCCAAUUGCAUCAUAGAGAAAACAACAUCUGUUGCCUUGCUUCUGGGAGCAUGGUCUCUUUUGCAUGAUGGAAAAAAUGGUGGACCUGGCAUUUGAAGAGCAUGUUAUGGGUUGGAUCCAGAGACGUUCAAGCAAAAUGGCACUCAUGCCAUGGGGCUUUCCUGAUUCCACACUCACAACCCACUACAGUCCCAAAAGCAACUCCUGAGGGUUGCUAGGCCCUCCAGAAUGGCAUCAGAUGGGGCACCGUGUGUGUGUUUGUGUGCAACAGGCUGGGAAAUUGGAGGAAUAUGACAGGGCUGCCUUGGGGAACCUUAAAUUCUUUUCGUUCUUUGGAUCCAAGCUCUUGUGUUUUGAACAUAUGUAAUAUGGAGCUAUAUGACUUCAUUUUCCAUACAUUGGGAAUACAGGGAUAGAUUUAUACGGUAUAGUGAAAACACCCUUCAGUUUGAAAAACACUGCAUUUCUAAUCCUCUAAUUUAGGUGUGGGGAACAUUUAGCCCUCCAAAAGUAGCUGAACGACAACACACAUCAGCUCUAGCAAGCAUGUCCAAUGGCCAGGGACGUUGGGAGUUGUUCAGCAACAUCUGGGGGGGACAAAAGUUCCCUAUACCUGAACAAACUUCACUUGCAAAUGUGAUCCCACACAAAAUCUAAAAGAAUAUUUUAAUAAUAACUUCAGUGAGCCUUCUCGUGGCCAAUCUCAGUAUUCUUUUUGGAAUGGAAAGAGGAACAAAAGGAUCUUUGCAAUGCCAGAAACACAAAACUGAAAAGCCAAUUUCUCAGAAGUACGCUGUGUGGAAGAAGCCUAGCAUAUAUGGAGAUCCAAGGCAACAAGUCAUUGCACAUGUGGCAUCUUCAGCUUAGUAGGGGCUUUGAUCUGGACCAGGGCAUCAACCACAGCCAGCUGGGCUAGAUUCUGUUGCAGUGCAUGUCAGCUCAGUGUGUUGGAUUUGCUCUUCAGCUGUCUUCAUGAAUUUUUAAAAUUAAAAUCAAUGUCAA